GCGACGACAACACCCUCGUCCAUAUGCGCGUCUAGUACGCUAGACCAACACUGGGGGCCGGAUCAGAAACGCCAGCAAGGAAUAUCCAGAAGCAGGAAUCGCCAGAAACAGCGCUGCCCUCUCUCCGUCUCGUCGGUGUAGCCCCCUUUAAAUCCAUCCACAUGGCCGACCACCACGACACCAGCCCGCGCAAGCGGAAACGAGCGCCCAUCGAGGAAUUGCAGUCCAAGAAGCCGAAGCUCAGCCCUCCGCCACGACCACCGCGCACCAGGUUUCCUCUGACAAGAGACGCAUUACGGGAAUUGAACCGAAGGAACAAGGAGGCUGCUCGAUCCGCACCGAACUCGAAGCUCAAACGACCCGGUUCCCCCGUUCCCCGACACGCGGCUGCCGACCUUCCUGCCUGCUCCGCCUCCGACCUCGAGCACUUUGCCCGACACGGCGGCCCAGAUCUUUCGGACUUGAGAGGCUGUCACGAACCCGCAGUCAGACCCCCCACGAGCUCGAGCGUGUCCACAAUCCUCCGCCGGCGGAUGCGAGCUUCGGCCCCAUCCCAGAGCAGGACUCCGACAGGUACAGCGACACCUACGCCUACGGCUACGAGCAGUGCCAGGGCUGGGCCGUACGGUAAUGCUUUUGCACAAAACCUCUUCAAGUUUAACGUCUAUCUCGAUACAUACCGGGACGUUAACCGCCAACGUCUCCCAGAACCGGACAACCUGGAUGAGAUCAGGCGGGCGUUAACACAAGAACCACGACGGUCCCUAUCUCCUUCGCGCUCUUUGCGUACCGAAUUCGAAGAGUUUGAGCUAGCAGAUGCGUCUGCUAGCACGGAGAGAAUGGUGACGGAGCAUGUGAUUCCCAAAAUUCAAGGCAAAAUUGGCGAUAUCAGGUGCAUGGCCCGCCUGGAGGAUCUCGAUGAACGAGUCUAUACCGAACUUGCAGGAAGCAUCCUUCCUUCUACCCAGUUCGACGAGCAACCCAUACUACCCAACUUCUUUCUAGAAGUGAAAGGUCCCGGCGGCUCUUUGGUGGUAGCUAAGCGACAAGCAUGCUACAACGGGGCGCUAGGGGCGAGGGGAAUGCAGCACUUGCUCUCGUACGGAGCAUCUGAACUGGUCUACGACAAUAAGGCCUAUACUUUGACGUGUACCUAUUACGGUGGAACACUUACGAUGUAUACCACCCAUGUCAUACCACCAGCCAUGCCAGGAGGACUCUCCAGGUAUGUAAUGACAUUGGUAGUUACCUAUACCCUUUUAGCCGGUCCAGAUAUGUUUCGGGCAGCAGUCACGGCAUACCGAAACGGGCGGGAUUGGGCAGAGCAGCAGAGGAACGAGGCAAUCAAACAGGCCAACAUGAGGGCUCAAGUUGCUCUCACAGGCGUCGGGAUUGAGGUGGGCGCAUCUGCUCCCCCGGAUCACGAUGGCGCAACCUCGGGUCCUCCUCCCCCGGAUAGCAAUAACGCAACCUUGGAAACCUCGAGCCCUCCUACCCCGGGUGACGAUGAGGGUGACGAUGAUGAUAACGGAACUUCGAGCGUCGCAACCAAUGAAGCUUCCGGGCUUGGGCCUCGACGUGAACGGGCCCGGGCCAGCCAGCAAGACAACACUCCCACGAGUCCCACCCCGUUAACCCUGGAGAAAGGCUCCAAGAAAGUAGCGUCUUCCCCUAACCAGUCCGAUACUUCGGUUAACAACUCUCUCUCUCCACGUCUUCCGCCCGGGCCCCAGGCUAAACGCCGCCGCAAGGGCUCGCCAAGAAGAUCUCGAGAUCAGCAAAGAUGA